UUAAAGCUAACUCAGGUGGUAUUUAAAAAGUUGAAAAGUAGUUAGUUCUCGGUUAUUGUUAGACGCUAGUUGAAACUUCGAUACAUAUGUGUAUUAGACGGAAAGGGUAGUGAUAUUGGUAAUUUAGGAUAUGAUUAAUGGAUAGUUUAGGCUUAAAAAUGGAGCAAGGAUUUUUGCAGUAGCUUGCUGCGCAUCGAAUCAGGUCCCUAGUUGGUGUUUGGAGCAGGCUAUUCUCCGAGAGGGGAUUAUCUAACCAGAAGCUUGGAAAAAUGACUGGCAAAAUGAUCAGCGUAACAUAGAUCAGAUCUGACGCCUAACGAUGAACCUCGUGACUUGUAACAUUCUCUCAAUUUUCGAGUGGACACCGAGGAGGAUAUUUUUUGUGGACUAAGUGAAGACUUUUGAAAGAACUGUAAAACAUGCCCUUGCCAUUUGGCUUAAAACUCAAAAGGACUCGAAGGUAUACAGUUUCAAGCAAGAGCUGUCUUGUCACUCGGAUUCAGCUUCUUAAUGGAGAGUUUGUUGAGUUUACACUGUCGGUGGAGAGCACUGGGCAGGAAUGUUUGGAAGCAGUAGCACAGAGACUCAAGUUAAGAGAGAUAACAUUCUUCAGUUUGUGGUACUUUAAUAAGCAGAACCAGCAGAGAUGGAUUGAUGUGGAGAAGGCACUGAAGAAGCAGCUAGACAAGUAUGGGCUGGAGCCCACCGUUUACUUUGGAGUUGUGUUUUACAUACCCAGUGUCACUCAGCUGCAACAGGAAAUAACAAGAUAUCAGUAUUACCUGCAGCUGAAGAAGGAUGUUCUGGAGGGAAAGAUCUCAUUAUCUCUAGACCUAGCUAUACGCUUAGCUAGCUUGGCAGUGCAAGCUGACUUUGGAGACUUCAAUCAAUAUGAUUCCCAGGAGUUCCUUCAGAAAUUUGCACUGUUUCCAAUUGACUGGAUUCAGGAUGAGCGAGUGCUGGAGGAAGCCACCCAGAAAGUGGCGCUUCUUUAUCAGUCCCUCAGAGGUUUGUCAGCCCCAGAGGUAGAAAUGUUGUACAUGCAGGAGGUGGAGAAAAUGGAAGGCUAUGGCCAGGAGAGCUACCAAGCCAAGGACAGUGCUGGCACAGAUGUAACCCUGGGAUCCUGUCUCGAUGGCAUUUUUGUCAAGCAUAAGAAUGGACGUCCCCCUUUAUUAUAUAGGUGGCAUGAAAUUAACAACAUGAGUCACAAUAGGUCUUUCUUUGCACUGGAGCUGGCCAACAGAGAGGAGAGUGUUCAGUUCCAGACCGAAGACAUGGAAACCUCUAAAUAUGUGUGCCGGAUGUGUCUGGCCAGGCUCAAGUUUUAUAAGAUUAACAAGAGUAAUCUAGAGGAGUGUGACACGCUGCCUUCUGAGAGCUCCCAGAAGUCCCUUCUUACUCUUUCCUUUCCUCGUUUUCCAAUGCUCUCUCGUACCUCUCUACCUUCUAAUAAGGGCCAAACGCAGCCAACAGCAGUCAACCCAGUCAGACGGAGAUCCUCUACUAGAUUAUCUUUGCCAAAGCCACAAGCCUACAUGAUGCCCCCUCCACAAAUGCACUACAAUGGCCAUUUCUCAGAGCCUUACACAUCAUCACAGGACAACCUGUACAUGAACAGUCAGAAUGGUUAUUACUACCACUCUCAGACUAGCCUGGACUGCUCUCCUCUGGAAUACAGCGGCGGAGGACGUUUGCGUAAUGGAAGUGUCUACAGCGCCCACAGCACCAGCUCUCUGACCAAUCCCCAGCACUACCUUCAGCCUUCACCCAUGUCCUCCAACCCAUCUAUUACAAGUGAUAUCACCAGACCAGAUUACGUCCCUUCUCAUCGCCACAGCGCUCUUAUUCCACCAUCUUAUCGUGCGACCCCUGAUUAUGAGACAGUGAUGCGCCAGAAGAACCGAGGUGUAGGGGGAGGAAUGGUUUUAUCUCAAGAGCACCGUCAGAGCCACUCAAUGAGGAACUUAAAUAUUGGAAACUCGUAUGCCUACAGCAGACCAGACCCUCUAGUAUACAGCCAACCAGAGAUAAGGGGAGAACCAUCCCAACACCACCACUAUCCCUUUCAUUUGGGCUCCAGCUUCCACAGCCCUUCUCCAUACCCCUACCCUGCAGAGCGUAGGCCUGUUGUGGGGGCAGUCAGCGUCCCAGAACUCACAAAUGUGCAGUUACAGCAGGCACAGGAGUAUCCGGCGCCCAACAUCAUGAGAACCCAAGUCUAUCGACCACCGCCACCUUAUCCAUAUGCUCAUCCUCGUCCUGCUAACAGCACACCUGAUCUGUCGCGUCAUCUGUAUGUCAGCAGUAGCAAUCCUGACCUGAUUAUCACAAGGCGUGUGCAUCACUCAGUCCAGACUUUUCAAGAAGACAGCCUGCCUGUUGCACACUCACUGCAAGAAGUUUCAGAGCCUCUUGUCAGUGGACCCCCGCAUAGACAGCCAUACCAUGCUCAGAAGCGUAACUCCAUUGAGAUUGCUGGUUUGGCACACAGUUUUGAGGGAAUGAGGGUCAAAGAGCGGACUGUGUCUUCAUCAGCGGUAGAAACAGCCACCCCACCUCCAGUGCUGCAUGGUGGUCGAUCCCAGGGAUCGCAGUUAAAUGUGUUUUUUGAUCAUACAAAGACAGAAGAGAGGGCAGAAAUGAAAGAAGAUGCACACUAUGGACAUAAAAAGUCACUGUCUGAUGCAACAAUGCUAGUUCACAGUAGUGGAGAAGAGGAGGAGUUUGAGGAUGAUAGUGGACGCCACACACCAUUGUCACAGGAGGCAAUUUCAGCCAUUGUAUCUGAGCAGCCACCACAGCAGCAUCACAGCCUGACAUCUCUCUCUUCUUUCACAAGUCAGCACCAGACUCCCAUAGAGCCUCCUCCUGCAUAUCCCAUAGGCUCUGCCCUCGAUCCCUCCAUAGCCAGUUCUUUGGCCUAUAAAGUUCAUCCUCUCAUCCAAGAAGAUGAGCCUCUGUCCCUGCUGUCAGAUUUAAGACAGCACAGGAUUAUGCCCUCGGUGUCAGAGGGCGACCUGAGUGAUCAGGCCAAGCAAAAGUCUAAGAAAGACUUAAAGAAAAGGCCUGUGUCUGAUGUUCCUCCUGGGAAGAAAACAGUGGAGGGUUUACCCCCUCCGGGGAUGAAGAAAGGAACCAGGUCAGAGGUGAAGAAGAUGGGCCCUCUGAAAGUUGCCCAUCUUAAUGGCUUGUCAGUGUCCAGGCAGCCAGUGCACGAUGAGGUCAAGGAUGAGCCUGAGCAAGUGUCUAAUGAUGAGAGGUGUAAACUGCUGGAGCAGCACAUGGACCGGGGGGAGCUCUUAAAAGAGUAUGAGAGUAUCCCAAAGCGUCGUCCAGGAGGAGAGUGCACCAUUGCUUAUCUACCAGAAAACAAUGACAAAAACCGCUUCCAAGACGUCCUGCCUUAUGAUGACACUCGAGUGGAGCUAGUUCCCACUAAAGAGAACAACACUGGCUACAUCAAUGCAUCACAUAUUAGAGUAACAGCAGGGGGACAGGAGUGCAGUUACAUUGCCACACAGGGUCCUCUGUCAAACACGUGCCAGGACUUCUGGCAGAUGGUGUGGGAACAGGGUAUCUCCAUCAUUGCCAUGGUUACUGCCGAAGAGGAGAGUGGGCGGGAGAAAAGCUUCCGCUACUGGCCCCGACUUGGCUCUCGCCACAACACGGUGACGUACGGUCGCUUCAAGAUCACCACGCGGUUCCGCACAGAGUCUGGCUGCUACGCCACCACAGGCCUAAAGAUCAAACACCUCUUGACAGGACAAGAGAGGACUGUGUGGCACCUGCAGUAUACGGACUGGCCUGACCAUGGCUGUCCUGAGGACUUCAAAGGCUUCCUCACCUACCUGGAGGAGAUCCAGUCUGUGAGGAGACACACAAACAGCAUCAGUGACCCCAAGAACACCAACCAACCUGUGCUGGUCCACUGCAGUGCGGGAGUGGGCCGAACUGGCGUUGUCAUCCUGUCUGAGAUCAUGAUUGCUUGUCUGGAGCACAAUGAGACGCUGAAUGUCCCAAAGGUUCUGAUAGAACUGCGUAAUCAGAGGAUGAUGAUGGUUCAGAUGUUGUCUCAGUAUUCCUUCAUCUACAAGGUCCUCAUCCAGUACAUCCGAAAUUCCAGGCUGAUUUGAUCAUGGACAACAUAUCACAGAUGCUGGCAGGGUGAACACUGUACAGCUUUAAUGCAACUUCCUGAAUCUGUUCAAAAUAUAGAGGCCAAAAUUUGGACUUUGUUUUGGCCAAGUAUUAAAUCAGGUUGGAUGCAUGAAUAUACAAGAAAGACACAUGCACAUGAAAAAGCAUAAACACUGUGACCUGCCUCUGAUCAGUAUUAUCUAUAGAUUUUUUUUUUUUUUUUAAAGAACACAAUUGCUAAAAAAAAAAGAAAAAACAGCACUUUCACAAUAUCAUGCUGUACAUAAUGAACCAAUAUUAAGCUGCAUAUUUAAAAAGAUAUACAUGAGUUUAAAAAACUGUUAAUUCGUCUAAGGACACUUUUUAAAAAUGUAUAAUUUGGAGUGCUGUUGCUUCAUUCGUUCCAAGAGGGACUUCUUUGUAUGGUAGGUAGGAAAGAUGUAAAAUGAAAAUGAAUCUUAAAACACAAAGUGCCAUGGUGCCAAGAAAUCAGGUGGACAUAUCUUGUCCUACAUAACAUGAUGGCACUAACUUAAAUUACCUCUAAGAUUGAGCUGUGGAAAUGAGCUCAAUGUAAUUUAGCUGUUUGCAUUUAAAAAAUAUCUCGUUUAAAGAAAACAAAAAAAGCCAAAUCUGAAUCUGAAACAAGACACCUGCUGAAGGAGACGAUGGAUUGUUGAGUAGAGAUGCAUUACAGAUUAAAAAAAAUCCUUUGAAUGAAAUUUCCUCAGGUUUUUGUGUAAAACUGGAACGUUUUGUAUCUGUUUUUAUAACUAUUGAACUGGAGAGGUGUAUCAGAGCAAGUGUAAUAAACUUUAAAAGUUUGUAUGUUGUGAGAAAAAAGUACCAAAAUAUUGGCACUGUAGAGCUGAUAGUUUGUAUUUUAGUACAAUUAGGAGAUGUCUCACUUGGUGUAACUUGUUGCAGUGAUGAACAUUUUUGCAAAACUAAUAUUAAAUUCAGCUCAGAUCCCCAGAGUUAACGCAGCAGUCAGUGUAUAAAACAAAGACCUGCUGAAGACAGGACAUGCCACAGUGUGGAUGCAGUGGAUUGUUGUGUUCGAGCAGAGUGUCAGGCACAAGGUUCUUAUGGACAGGCCAUCUCCAGUUUCAAAAUUUUGGCUGCCAUGCUAGUUUUCAGUCCAGAAAUGUGCCUCAGCAAACAGUUUCUACUUUAACAAACGGCAUCAGACUAUUAAUGAACACUUCUUAGAUCAUGUCUGACUGGAGUCAGUCUAUUUCUUACUGCAGCUGUAAGUAUGUGGAAGUACACGAAGUAGCUCUUGAACAACUUGACUUGGGCUUUAUCUUUCCUCUUUUUUAAUUGAAGGUGCCAAUUUGAGGUGAUCUUUAUUUUACUAGCCCUGAUUUUUGCUGUUUUUUUUUCAAGCAAAAAAAAAAAAAAAAAAAAAAAAGCAUCUGACCCGAUCCUGAAAUUUUACACACUUGUUUUAAAGACCCAUAAUUAGCAACAGAUUUUGUGUUUUUGGUUUUAGUGUUACAAUGACGUCUGGAAACUGAAGAGCCUUUUGUUUCCAAAAUGUAAACCUUUGUCCAUGUACAGGUAUGUUGUUGACAAUGUACACAAUGUAAAAUUCUGCUUUAAUGAAUACUGGUUACAGUACAAACUGUGUAUAAACUGUAAUGAAAAAGCCAUGUAUUGAUACUGAAGAAAAAUGUGUUAAAUAUUUAGCCAACAA